AUGUUGACUGGAUCAGCGAUCAGCUACAUUGACAGCAAAGUUGGCCGGCCUCAUUAUAAGGAUGCAGUCGUAGUAGCUGACUUGUUACUGCAACCAGGGCAUGACGUUAAUUUGCCGGUAAAUGCUGUGGUGCCGUUUCGUGUUCAGAUUGAAAGCAGCAUUGAAGAUGAAUGUAAUGGAGCCGAUAUUCACGAGGGCAAGGAUGGGAGAAAAGUACGAGGCCAAAGAUCGGAGAGUGAAGAUGAUAACAAAUUGGAUGGUGCAGCUGUUGUAAUUAGUUAUCAGUCUAGCUAA